UCUGAUUUCUGAAUGCCUGUACCGCUCUGCACUGGUGGUGACAUUAAGUUGUGUGGGCUGUAUAAAAUAAAAUAUAUAAAAAACAAACAAUCAAAAACAAAACAAAACAAAAAAACAAUUUGCAAUGGAGAACAUUUCUCGGAUUCUUGUAACCAAGUUAGCAGAAGAUGAGUCGUCCAACUCUUCAGGUAGAGGUGAUGAAUACCAGGGACAUUCUGUUUUCUCACAGACGGAGCACAACAUAGUUGCAACUUACUUGAUAACAGCAGGAGUUGUAAGUCUGCUUAGCAACAUCGUGGUGCUAGCCAUGUUUGUCAAGUUCAAGGAGCUACGAACACCAACAAAUGUCAUCAUUAUCAACCUUGCUUUCACUGAUAUCGGCAUCAGUGGGAUUGGCUAUCCCAUGUCUGCAGCCUCAGACCUGCAUGGCAGCUGGAAGUUUGGGUACACUGGUUGUCAGAUAUAUGCUGCUUUAAAUAUCUUCUUUGGGAUGGCAAGUAUUGGACUGUUGACCGUGGUUGCAAUUGACCGCUACUUUACUAUAUGCAGACCUGAUAUAGGAAGGAAUAUGACCAAUCGUACAUACGCUCUGCUGAUCGGGGCUGCCUGGGUUAACGCCCUGUUUUGGUCCACAAUGCCUGUCAUCGGUUGGGCUAGUUAUGCAGCAGAUCCGACUGGUGCAACUUGCACAGUAAACUGGAGGAAAAACGAUUUGUCCUUUGUUUCAUACACAAUGUCUGUGAUUUCUGUGAAUUUUAUAGUGCCAUUAUCAGUCAUGUUCUACUGCUACUACAAUGUGUCUCAAACCAUGAAAAGAUAUGCCAACAGCAACUGCCUGGAAAACAUCAACAUGGACUGGUCUGAUCAGCUAGAUGUGACAAAGAUGUCCAUUGUGAUGAUAGUAAUGUUUCUUGUGGCUUGGUUGCCAUAUUCAGUAGUCUGUCUCUGGGCAUCAUUUGGAAACCCACUGCAGAUUCCAGCCCCGAUGGCCAUAAUUGCUCCUCUGUUUGCCAAGUCUUCCACCUUUUAUAACCCUUGCAUAUAUGUGAUUGCCAAUAAGAAAUUUCGAAGAGCAAUCCUUGCAAUGGUUUUCUGUCAAACUCGUCAGGAGAUCACAAUCAAUAAUCUGAUGCCAAUGAGUAUCUCUGAACUACCAUUAACACAAUAAGAAUAAACACAAAAAAAAAUAAUCCAAAGGUAUAAAUGUUAAUUGGAUGUUAUGCAAUCAGAGAACAAAAUUGAAGAAUAAUCACUGAUGAAUAGUUAAAUAUCCCUCCAGUGCAAUUUCAACACCUUCACAGAAAAUCAUCCUGGUCCUGAUUGCCCUUGCUGGCAGAGUAUGCUUUUUGAUUAAAAAAAAAAAAAAAAAAAAAAAAAAAAAGAUGACAUUUUUAUAUCACUUGAAAUACAUACAUGCCUUCCUGUAAAAUAAUAUAGCCACAAGAGAUUUUGUCACACUCGAUGAUAUUUUACUUUGGUGGAGAAAAACGAGCAUCCUAUGUUUGCAAGUUUUCUUUCCAGCGCACGACAGAUUAGAAGGUAAUGACACGUCAACCAGCUUGAGUUAUUUAUCUCAGUGUAUAUGUUUGAAACUUUUCAUGGGCCUAUCAAGUUCCUUUCUGAUGAAAUGUAUAAAUCGAGAACAGUGUUUAUCAUGGGCGAUAAUUUGAAUGACAAAUGGUACAGACAGACAGCACCACUUUUAGCAGCACCAGCCCCAUCACUGUUCAAUGGUGGAAGGAAAUAUUUUUUUAAUUGUUACUUUAUUCCCCAAUAUGCAAAUACAUGCACAUUCUAUUCAUAUACAUACAAUAGUAAUAUGUCUAAAAUGUGUUUGGUAUACUAUACAAAUAGCAUCAUGCCAUCUUUUAUACAACCUUAUAUAGUACACCAUAUCAUGCAAAAAAGCUUCUGUAUAAUAAAUUAAAUACAGCUAGAUUUGAAAAUGAUAUGUGCCAUGCAAUGCAACUCAGUUUCAUUGUUAAAAAUGGAUUAGAAAACAUAUUUCUUGCAAUUUAUUUGUAGUUGCUAAAACAUAACCCCUUGAAUUAACUUGGCCUACAACUAGGUUACAUUGUCAUUAUAUUAGUAAAAAGUGUACUGUAAUUGAAGAUUCAGUAUUUCAAGUGCAUGACUCAUACCCAUAAAUCAUUUACUGUAAUAAUUGAAUUCUACUCAAUAAUAUAUUUUAUAGAAUUAUAGUAAAAAAUGCUAUGUUAUGUUGUACAGUGUUAUGAAGUGCAAAUGCUGCAUACUGCAGUACGCUGAUGAUGCCCAGAUCUUCCUCUCCUUUCCUUCCUUUGAAUCCCACAUCUCCUGCAUCUCAGAGUGCCUCUCGACUAUCUCAACUUGGACGCAUGCUCACCAACUCAAACUCAACCUCUCCCUCCUCUGACCUCUCCAUCUAAGUAUCCUUUCUCUAUCACCCUCUCCAUCUCCUGCAGAAAAGUGUUACUCGACCCCUCCCUCUCUGUAUUUUCUUAGCAACAUCUACCAGAUCCGUCCUUUUCUCACUACUCAUUCCACCCAACUGGUCCAAGCUCUUGUACUCUGCAGACUGGACUAUUGUAACUCUCUUCUUGCUCGUCUCCCUGCUUCGGCUAUCCACCCCUUCCAGCUCAUCUUAUAUUCUCCCAGCCUCAAUACUCUCAUACUACCCCUCUGCUUCACACGCUCCACUGGCUACCUAUCUCUGCUCACAAUCAAUUCAAGACCCUUGUUCUUGCCUACCACACACUGCACACUUCUACCUCCAAUCCCUUGUGUCUCCCUACACCCCCUCUUGCUCUCUCCACUCUUCCCCUAAGAGCCAACUGGUCAUGCCUUCCCUCCACUCUCCAUCUUCCCGUGCUCGCUCCUUCUCUUCCCUAGGCCCUCUGUGGUGGAACCAGCUAUCGGAGAAAUUCAGGACUUCUCCAUCUCUCACCGCCUCCUCAAGACCCACCUGUUUAGACUGCACUUGUAGAUCUCUUGAUCUGCCCCUCCUAUACUAUACACUGGACUUGCCUGACCUAUGCACCACAUUACUGGAUCCUCAGCUAAUGCACUAUCCUUGCACUAUUGCAAUGUCAUUGUAGAUAAAACUUAUUGUAAUCCUAAUUUGUUGCAUCCUAUUUCAUACUGUAUUUUGUAGUAUUAUUUGCACCUACUGUAAACGAUACUGUUUUUAAAUAUUAAUCUUGCAUUGUAACCUUGUACUGCCCAGAAACACCUGUAAGGCGUCUGCCAAAUAAACUAAUAAUAAUAAAUAAUAACAAUAUAAAGCAUUACCUUUUUCAUUUU